GUCAGGGUCGCAGUCCCCGGGGUGGCGUGGAGGGGCGCGUCACCGCGCGGACGAGGAUGGGACCCGCGCGGCCCGAGCCUGCCGGCACGAUAAGGCGGGUGACAGCCGGCGGGGAGGGGCGGGUGCCACCGCGUCCACGCCCUUUACUCGGGGCCGGGCCUGGAGGGUCCUACGGCUUUGCGCGCUCCUGGCCGGCUGGCUGAGGCGUACCGGUCGGACGCGGCUCCAUGCGCUGCCCCCCUGCUUGGCAGCUGCGGCUGCUCCCGCCAUGGGGCCCGGCCGCUCCAGGGCGGCUCCUGCCGGUAGCCUGCGUGUGGGCCCCGGCCGGCCGCGCCCCCGGGUCCCUGUCGCCUCUCGCUGGCCUGAGGCCGGCGCGGCUGUGGGGCGCGGGGCAGGCGCUGCUCGGGGGCUUUGGAGCCCCGCGCCGCUGGAGGAGCUGCUGCUGGGGCGGGGGUCUGGGCGGUUCGCGGGGCGGCGCUGGCCUCGCGCGGCUCCUGGGGCUUUGGGCUCCGGCCCCUGGCAGGUGCGGGGCGUUCGCCGGGCCGGGCGCGCCUCGGCUCCCGCGCGCAGGGUUCCCGGGCCGUCCCGCAGCCACUGCCUGGGCGGGGAGCGAGGCCUGGCGGCGCGGGCCGGCGGCGCCUCCCGGGGACGACAGGCGGCUGCGCCCGGCAGCGGCCGGACUCUCGGAGGCCCGGAAGCUCCUGGGGCUGGCGUACCCUGAGCGCUGGAGGCUGGCAGCUGCGGUUGGAUUUCUCACGAUGUCCAGUGUUAUCUCCAUGUCUGCCCCUUUCUUCCUGGGGAAGAUCAUCGAUGUCAUCUAUACCAACCCCACUGUGGACUACAGUGACAACUUGACCCGCCUCUGCCUUGGGCUCAGUGGUGUGUUUCUGUGUGGUGCUGCUGCCAAUGCCAUCCGUGUCUACCUCAUGCAAACUUCAGGUCAGCGCAUUGUGAAUAGGCUGAGAACUUCAUUAUUCUCCUCCAUUCUGAGGCAGGAGGUUGCUUUCUUUGACAAGACCCGCACAGGAGAAUUGAUUAACCGCCUCUCAUCAGACACUGCACUCCUUGGGCGCUCAGUGACUGAAAACCUCUCAGAUGGGCUCAGGGCUGGGGCCCAGGCUUCUGUAGGUGUCAGUAUGAUGUUUUUUGUCUCACCUAAUCUGGCCACCUUUGUUUUGAGCUUGGUGCCUCCAGUGUCAAUCAUUGCUGUAAUUUAUGGACGAUAUCUACGGAAACUGACCAAAGUCACCCAGGAUUCCCUGGCACAAGCCACUCAGCUAGCUGAGGAACGUAUUGGAAAUGUAAGAACUGUUCGAGCUUUUGGGAAAGAAAUGACUGAAAUAGAGAAAUAUGCCAGCAAAGUGGACUAUGUGAUGCAGUUAGCAAGGAAAGAGGCAUUCGCUCGGGCUGGCUUCUUUGGAGCAACUGGGCUCUCUGGAAACCUGAUUGUGCUUUCUGUCCUGUACAAAGGAGGGCUGCUGAUGGGCAGUGCCCACAUGACAGUGGGUGAACUCUCUUCCUUCCUAAUGUAUGCUUUCUGGGUUGGAGUAAGCAUUGGAGGUCUGAGCUCUUUCUACUCGGAGCUGAUGAAAGGACUGGGCGCCGGGGCGCGACUGUGGGAGCUCCUGGAGAGAGAGCCCAAGCUGCCUUUUAACGAGGGGGUCAUCUUAAAUGAAAAAAGCUUCCAGGGUGCUUUGGAGUUUAAGAACGUGCAUUUUACCUAUCCAGCUCGCCCAGAUGUGCCCAUAUUUCAGGAUUUCAGCCUUUCCAUUCCGUCAGGAUCUGUCACGGCACUGGUUGGCCCAAGUGGUUCUGGCAAAUCAACAGUGCUUUCGCUCCUGCUGAGGUUGUAUGACCCUGUUUCUGGAACUAUCAGUCUUGAUGGCCAUGACAUCCGUCAGCUAAACCCAGUGUGGCUGAGAUCCAAGAUUGGGACAGUGAGUCAGGAACCCAUUUUGUUUUCUGGCUCUAUUGCUGAGAACAUUGCUUAUGGCGCUGACAACCCUUCUUCUGUGACUGAUGAGCAAGUCCAGAGAGUGGCUGAAGUGGCCAAUGCAGUGGCCUUCAUCCGGAACUUCCCCCAAGGGUUCAACACUGUGGUUGGAGAAAAGGGUGUUCUCCUUUCAGGUGGGCAGAAACAGCGGAUUGCAAUUGCCCGUGCUCUGCUUAAGGGUGACAGUUCUGGUGAAAGAAUCCCAAAAUUCUUCUCCUAGAUGAAGCAACCAGUGCGCUGGAUGCUGAAAAUGAGUACCUUGUUCAAGAAGCUCUAGAUCGACUGAUGGAUGGAAGAACAGUGUUAAUUAUUGCCCAUCGUCUCUCCACCAUUAAGAAUGCUAAUAUGGUUGCUGUUCUUGACCAAGGAAAAAUUACUGAAUAUGGAAAACAUGAAGAACUGCUUUCAAAACCAAAUGGGAUAUACAGAAAAUUAAUGAACAAACAAAGUUUUAUAUCAGCAUAAAGAAGCAAUUACUGGUAAACAAUAUGAAAGACUUUAAUACAAAAUAGUGAUGCAGGGAAAAAAAACCCGAGAGACUAUAUGAAAUAUGUAAACAGUGUAUCAAGUUAUUUGAGAAAUACCUAUUUUUUCCAAAGUAUGUAAAAUAUUAUUUUGAAAUGUACCUGUUCUCAACAUCUUUUUAUUCAGAGUUUUAAUAAUUGCAACUUUUUAAAUGUCUAUAGCACUGAAGUUAUUUUCAGGUUUUGUAUUUUCCUUUAUCGUGAAAUAUUUUAAUGAAUAUAGCAUGGCACCUCAUUUUCUUUUCCCUGCUGUUAAAGAUUGAAGUUAUUGUCAAAUGACAACUUUUAAAAGGGAAUUACAAAUAAAAAGCCUGAUCAUUUUAGGCCAGUUUACUAAUCACUGUGUAAUUCUUCUGGUAUUCCACGUGCUUUAAGUCUAAUUUUACUAGGUAAAGUAAUGGAAAAUGAAAAUUUAACGCUUUAUUUUAUUCUGAUAAUCUCAUGAAGCAAACCUGGUUAACUAGUUAAAGUCAGCUGGAAAGAAGGGAACAUUUAUGUUGCUCAUCUCCUGUGUCUUCAAAGGUGUGAGAGUUGAGGAAUAUGUGUUCCUAUAGGAACUAUAUUUGAGUAUGUGCAUUUUUCCACAUUUUGGCACAUGAAAGCCUGACAUGUUUUUAAAAGGGCAGAAGCUGCAUCUUUUAAACAGAAAAACCUGUUUUUUUAACUCACUUGUUUGUAUGAGUACUUUUGGGAAUCAAGGCAUUAACUGUUAAUAAGCCCUUUUAUUUAUGGUUAUAAUUUUAUUUAGUCUCAAAAUUCCUAAAGCAAUGCUGACAACCAUUGAAUUUGCUAUAUUUUGUAUCAGUGCUGUUAAUUUGCUGUUGCCUUUAGAAAAAGUGCUUUUUCUCCACUGAUGGGGCUAGACUCCAAGAAGUAAUUAUGUCAAUGUAAAUAAAACGUAAGUAUUUCCAUGAACUAAUAAGCAUUUAUUAGUUCCCUGAUUAGACUGGAAGACGAAACCACUAUUUCAUGAAAAACAUGGAAUAUUAUAUUUCAUUCUUCAUAAUUUAUUAAUGAAUAAAAUUGAUAUGAAUGAAUGAAUGUAGUGUUCCUUGAAUUAGUAAACAGUAUACCUGUGACAAUCAUUUUAACAAGUUCUACUUAUGUUCUUUAUGAAGUGUGAUUUUUUAGAAAGCAAACAAAACAUAAUUACAAGGUUGAAUCUGAGAAAAAUAAUCCUUGUACCAUAGAAGUAUUUACAAAAUUACAUUUCAUUGUUAUGUUUUAUUUUCUGAUACAUGAUGUUCAAUUAUAUCUUUAGGUAAUAUUUUAUAUCAUAGAUUAAAAUUUAUAGUGAACUUU